AUGGCAGACGGCUGCAGGAAGGCUGAAGGUCAAAAAGGCUUGCCGGCCCACGGAGAAGGCUGGAAUGUCUGCCUUCUUUGUCUGAAUUCGUCGUCCAAAUGCUGCGCUGGUGGUAUCUACUUGCUUUCCUCAUUCGAACGAUUGUCGCCGAGCUGGUGGAUUCCAGUCGUACCGAAGGCCUACUGAACGAGACACUUCCGAACUUUGGCCCGGAACUACGCUUCCAGCGGGGCGGACCCCUGCCGCCCGAAUCGGGAGUUGGACGCCAAAAAGGAUUCCUUCGGCGAGAUCUAGGCCAUCUCUUCAAGCGUCAAUGUCAGCUUCUCAACGACUAUUACUGCAAUGACGACUCGAUCUGCUGUUUUGAUACGGUUGAUUCGACUGUGGCGUGGUGUUGCCCGAAUGACAAUUUUUGUGCAUCAACGUAUGUGUCCGAUGGUGCCUGUAUAUGGAGCGUAACGUGGGUCACACUUUGGGACACCACUACUGAAUACACGACUGCCUACUCGACCGAUGUCUCGAACGUGGCCGAGACGACUGAAUGGAGCACGAUUGUUUCCACGGACCUCGUCGUUGUCACAAGAUCAGAUGUGGACACUUCCACGGAGUGGCAGACUGUAACAGUCACUGCUAAUGCGGAUUCGAGACGGCGUAGGGCAGUCCCGUCGCUUGCGCCCUGCAUCCCUACCGCAACGCCACCUUCCAAUGCUCAUGCCGAAAAGAAGAAGCAGCAACAUCCUCUUGCUCCUCAAAUAACUCCAGCGCCGAAACUCUAUCUUCGAGGCCUGCGCAAACGGCAAAUCCGCACAGAUACAAAUACUCUAACCUCCACAUCAACAGAUAUCGAGACUCGCGUUGUCUGGGUCACCAGCACCUCAUACUAUACGGAGACCUCGACGACGACGUCUAUAUACACCAGCACUUCUACUUAUGCACUGUCCGCCAAAACAACCGUGACUUCCACCACAACGUCUACCUGGACCCCAACCCCAGGCCGGACCGCACCACCUCCCUCCACCAGUACAGACUCUGGCGGCGGCGGCGGCAGCAGCGGCGGCCAGGAGAACAACCCAAACACGCAACAAUCCACAAAUACCGGCUCCGGCCUCAGCAAAGGCGCCCAAGCGGGCAUCGGCGUCGGCACCGCUGGCGGCUCCCUCAUAAUCUGCCUGAUCCUCGCCUUCUUCCUGCGCCGCCGCCGCAAGAAGCGCAAAGCGGAAACCGCUCAGAUGAUCAACGACGCCGUCGCCGCCGCAACAUCCGCAGCCCAGUCCCCGCCGCCAAUGGGCCAGUACCAGCCCCCCAAAUCCGGAUACUUCGCAACGGGCGGCGUGGUUCCGAGUCCGCCGCCGCCAUCGUCGCCGCACAGUGACGCGAGGUAUAGCGAUUUGAUGCCUGCGACGCAUAGCGGGAUGGGCACGCCGGCGCCCGGGUACGAGAUGUCGGCGACGCCGAUGCAGGCGCCGCAGCCGCAGCCGGUCAUGUAUCAGUAUCCGAGGCCGGUGAGCCCGGGGGGUGCACAUGAGUUGUAUCAUAGUCCGCCUGAGUUGCAAUCGGGGCAGCGGUGGUAGGUGCGAAGGUUGAGUGGAUGUGGGGCUGUUGUUUGUAAAGCAGUAUGGCCUAGCUCCGUGGGAAAGCGGCGCGGAUCUCACCCUCACUUUUGGCACUGACAGUAUCGUGCUUUAGGCGCUAGAAUGCAUUUACU